AAAAAAUAAAAUUAAAAAAAUCAAUUCCAUCGCCUUCGUAGUGGCAGUAGGAGUAGUAGCGAAUUCAUUAUUUCCGGCAUCUUCCCAGCCAAGCCACAAGAAACCGUACAGAACCCAAGAAUCAGAAAAAGUUAUAUUUUCUUUUUCUUUUAAUCUCUUUGCUUUCCUCUGAAGCCACUCUUUCUUCUACCUAAAUUUUUUUUUGCUGUUUUGGUUGGUACCUUCCAUCUCUGCAACCUUGAUGCUGUCUUCAUUAAAGCUUUCCCGACCCCAUAGUCCACGAGAAUCACCUGUUUCUCACGGAAAAGUGUUCCCAAAAGCCCGCAUUUCUACGCUAUUUAUACCCCUCUCUCAUUGCUCUGUUUAUCUCCAAGCAGAUUGAGAUUGAUUACAGUACAGGGAGAACGACAAUGGCGAUGGGGAUGAUAAAGUUUGUAGCUUUGUUGGCCAUUCUUGUUCAUUCUUGUGUUGUGGUGAAUGGGAUUCUUGACCCUGUUGAUUUCUUGGCUCUGCAAGCGAUUCGGAAGAGAUUGGUUGAUUUGCCUGGGUCUAAUUUCUUUGCUUCCUGGGAUUUCACCUCCGACCCCUGUAAUUUCCCCGGAGUUUACUGCGACGGUGAUAAGGUGAUUGCGUUGAAUCUCGGUGACCCGCGGGCGGGGUCGCCGGGCUUGACGGGGAAGCUGGACGCGGCUAUUGGGAAGUUGUCUGGUCUGGCUGAGUUUACGGUGGUUCCCGGGAGGAUAUUCGGGGCAUUGCCGGAAAGUCUGUCGCAGUUGAAGAAUCUUAGGUUUCUGGGAGUCAGUAGGAAUUUUAUCUCCGGCCAGAUUCCGGCUUCUCUUGGGCAGCUCCGGGGAUUGCAGACGCUCGAUCUCAGUUUCAAUCAGUUCGCCGGGAAUAUUCCUUGGUCCAUCGGACAGUUGCCGGCAUUGUCCAACGUUAUUCUCUGUCACAACCGUUUAUCCGGUUCGGUCCCGGUUUUCGUCUCCAAAACCCUAACCCGGCUCGACCUGAAGCACAACGAUCUUUCCGGUUCUCUCCCGGCGAAUGCUUUCCCUCCAUCUCUCCAGUUUCUCUCGUUAUCAUGGAACAAGCUGAGCGGGCCGGUGAACCGGAUUUUAACCGGGUUAAAAAACUUGAAUUAUCUCGACCUCAGUUUAAACCAGUUCACCGGCGAAAUCCCGGGAAACAUUUUCAGUUUCCCCCUCGCGAAUCUCCAACUCCAGCGGAAUCAAUUCUCCGGGCGGGUCUUACCCCUCGAUCAGGUCACAAUCCCCACCGUUGAUCUCAGUUACAACCACUUGUACGGCGAAAUCUCUCCCCUCUUCUCCACCGUCCAGAAUCUCUACCUCAACAACAACCGCUUCGCCGGCGAGGUCCCCGGCGGUUUCGUCGACCGCCUUCUCUCCGCCAGCAUCCAGGUUCUCUACUUACAGCACAACUUCCUCACCGGAAUCGCCAUAAGUCCGACGGCCGAUAUUCCGGUGACGACGUCCCUGAAGAUGCAGAGUUUCUACUAGUCGAAAACAGGAACAAGUAAAUCUACACAACCUUAUAACUAGCUACACACGAUAUCACGAUAAUAUUAACUGGC